CACCCUCAAUGCCCGCACCCUCGGCUCUCUUGGCCGUCUAGAAGAACUUGGUGCAAAUGCAGAAUCACAUGGCAUUGAUAUAAUAGCUGUCCAAGAACACCGAUUUUACCACCCUGACAACAUCCUCAAAUACCAUCAAGUCGGUUCUUAUCAACUUGUAACCUCCUCAGCAUCAAAGAAUACUGUUAAUUCAACAGUUGGAGGUAUCGGAUUUCUACUUUCAUCAAAGGCUAGUGAUACUCUCUUGACUGGUGAUCUGAAUGCUAGACUAGGACCCGAUGAGAGCAAGUUUACUUUCAACUCUAAAACCAAUCGGAACGGAGAAAUGCUCAAAGACUUCUUGGAGGAAUUUAAUCUCUACACCUCCAACAAUUCUUUUAUGAAACCAAAAGGUCAACUUUGGACAUUUGAGUCCCCACUUGGUGAUAGGGCACAAAUUGACUACCUCAUCUUUCGAAAGAAAUGGCGCAAUAGUGUUAAGGACUCGAGAUCCUACUCUUCCUUUAGUUCUGUCGGCUCUGACCACAGAAUUGUAUCAGCUACCGUUAAGCUUAGUCUUCGCUCAUCCAAAAAAACUAAGCCUCACCCGAUCAAAAUGAUCGACUGGAAGGAAGUCUUAUCUAACCCCGAUAUGUCCAAACAAUUUACUAUCGAGGUCUAUAACAAAUUCAAUCUCUGUCUACUUCUGAAAUAG